ACACCUCGAAUACGAGACAGGUCAAUGACAUAGUCCGACCUGUUAACCAAUAUAAAAAACAACAACUUAAAAAAUCAACCAAAAAUGGACUUUAACGAUAAUAUAAUCAAGGAAGAAGUCAGCAGCUUCGUCUCGAGCCUCCAGAGGCUGUUGCCGCGGAAGAAGGAAAUCAUCGUCAUCGAACCACUGAAACCGAAACUGAUCCGACUCACUGACGUCCAUAUUGAAGCCAAAAGUGUCUUCCCGAAAUGCUUCAUCGGAGCCAAACUCAUCAUCCUAAGGGAAGUCAUGAACAGGGUUAAACUAGUCCAACAGUACAACUACGGCAAGUCGAAAGAUUCUCACAGAUGUUACUCGCAGCUGAUCAACAAGGAAAUGGAACCGAAACGAAGUGAGGACGGGCUGCUGAUCGACUCGACGGGCUCAGCAACCGCUACCUACACCGAGUCUCUGGAUAACAAUUACGAGAUGCGGCUUACAUCCAAAAUCAGGGAUUUGGUUUCAUCAGAAACAGAGUUGGUGCUGGAGAAAGAAACUGAGAAGGCUAUAGGUUCGAUGACGUUGUCGAUGAACGACGUGGACCCGAGUACGUUUAAGAUAGUGGGUCAGUGGAUGCAGCAAGUGCUACCGGAGCUGGGGGUGGGCGCGGAGGUGGCGUUCAAGCCACUGUCGUACCCUCCGAAGCCAGACGUGUCGAUCAGCACGCGGUACGAGCGGGAGUCUUUCGCGUUGUCCUCCACGAUCAGCAAAGCUGGCUUCCAGAUCUGCCUAUACAAGCAGUUCGCGCCAGAUUUGCGAAUAUCGACCAUCGUGCACGAAAACAACCGGGGGUCGCCUCCGACUAUUGGCAUCGCACUCCACAAGGAUUACGAAAACGGUUCCGAGAUGAAGAUUUUCGUGGAUUCUGAAAAAUGUGGAGGUUUCACGUUCCAGAAGGAUGUGUUGUUCAAGGAGCACAGUGAGAUGCGUGUCGUCCGCUUAGUGUGGAGUACCCUCAUAGAUCGACAGAAGCGAGUGCGGUUUGGUUUCGGUUUCAAUCUAGAUUUUUGACAACCCGUAAGUUUCAUGCUCCCCUAAUCCCCACUAGUAAAUUGCCGGUAAAAGAAGUGUGUGUAUCGCCCACUUUUGUAGAAUUAUUUGUUUGUAUAUAAGUAUACAUAGG